CCUGUGGCUGGAUCCUACAAGAUGCCAAGAGAAGAAGCUUACUUGGGCUCUGGUUACCCCAGGAGGGGGCAUGGCCACUCCUACAUCACAGCUGAAGAGGCUGCAGGGAUUGGCAUCCUGAUCGUGAUCCUGGGCAUCUCACUGCUCAUUGGCUGCUGGUAUUGCAGAUGGCGAAGAGGAUACCAGCGCCUGAAGGAUAGAAGUUUUCAUGUUGGUCCUCUAAGUGCCGUAACAGGAAGAUGCCCGUGUGAGGUACUUGGUUACCAGGAGAAGAAACUGCCUUUGCAAGAGAUCAAUUAUGAAUCUGUGGUUCCCAAUGCUCCACCUGCCUACGAGAAGCUCUCCGCAGAACAGUCACCGCCGCCUUAUUCACCAUGAGAGCAAAAAAGCCCCAGGGGAUGCUAAAAUCAUCUGCCA